CUCUGCUAUUUUUGUCAGUUGCGAACAGGUCAGCGCAAGAUGAGUUUCAUUUUUUGGUUUAUAGUUUUUGUCUCCGUGACAUACGGCGCUGUUGAUAAAGCCCUAUUGCCGGAAAUAAAUUGUGCGGACGAAAUUAAAGCCAUCAAGGAGAGACUUGCAAAGGUUGAAGAAGAACAGGAGCUCGAAAAGGAACGCGAUUUUCGAUUAAAUCAUGGUUCUGGAAGGCGCUCAUACGAAGUUGACGCAGUGGCGUUCUUUGCAACUAUUGGUGCUACAGUUGACCAUCUGGGACAGGGACAGACAGUCGUGUUCGAUCAACUAUUGACCAUGAUCGAUUCAACACAUUCUGUAGGAGCUUAUAGUGCCACCACUGGCGUCUUUACAGCCCCAUUGAACGGGUUGUACGUGUUUUCUGUAACAUUGUUGGCACUUAACACACACGCCACGCACUUAGCUUUGCAUAAAAACAACACCCCGCUUUCAACAAUCUACGUGAACGCGAAUUCCGCAUCCUCAACGGUUACCGUUUCGCUAGUUAGAGGAGAUAGCGUGUACGUGAAACACAUGGACAAUGACCAUGGCUUGUACGGAGCCUUUUAUGGUGGACAGUCCACAUUCACUGGGUUUCUGUUGCAAAGGGAGUACGACGACAGUCCAGUAGUUGGAUGAAACAGAAAAAAUGUCAUACCAAAAAAAAUAAAAUCAUUAUACUGUU